AUGAACGAAGUGCAAUAUCCUAAUUUUCACAAGGAGGUUAUCGAUUUGAUCCCGGGCACUGUUGUACCGCAUUGGAUACAUGCAUUUCCGUUUAAUGUUAAAGGAAAGAGGAAGGAUGAUCUUGUUAUCUUCGGCCUUGGGCGAAAUGGGCAGCCUUCAGAGGUCUCGUUUUAUGAGAACCCUCGCAACCUUGACUUUGACGAGGGAAUCCAGGAUGAAAGCGUCUUGUCCCGAUGGAACAAACUUCCCCUUCAUAUGUUAAAGCAACCAUCAUCUUGUAUAAGUGCGGACAUCUCAGGAAAUGGAUUCAACGACCUCAUUGUAACAUGCGAAUAUGGAGAUACCCUCGAUACCAUGGACCCGUACGGCGGCCGAAUAUGCUGGCUUGAGAACUUUGGCACUAAUGAAGGCGACUGGAUAUGCCGCGAGAUCGGUCGCUUUCCAGGUGUCAAUAUUGUCAAAGGCUGGUUGGGCCACUUUUCAACCACCUUCUCUCCGCAACUUCUCGCUGUCGUGAAAUCCUCGCGUACCGACGCGUACUCGCCUUUGAUCAUCUUCACUCGUCCUCCGGAUGUGUACAAGUCGAAACACUGGCUUGUGGCCACGGCGUUGGAGAACGUGUUCUCUUCCGUACAGGACUGCCUUGUAUCACCAGGAUCGGGCGGUGCCCUUGAUAACAUUAUUAUUUCCAGCAGAGAAGGACUGUCGAUUGCGUGGUAUCAUGCGCGAUCUUGGCAUCAUAAACCUUUGGAAUGUGUUAAUCCCCCACCCAACCACCUUCCUGGUAGAUUAUGUGCGGGCAGAAUCGGGCGCGAUCCCGUAGCAUAUAUUGUUUCGACGGAGGCAAACGGAGGUUCGAUCUUGUCGGUAUACAACAAAGACGUACCCGUCAGACAACGUUGCGAGUUUCGCGAUAUCAUUUGGACGCGUUCUGUCAUUUACGAUUUUGCCGAUGGGCAUGAUACUCACAUUCUGGAUGUCCUUUGCGAAGACCUGAACGGCGAUGGGACGGACGAGAUAAUUGUAUCUGUCUCGAGCAAAGGUCCCAAUGCUGGCGUCUAUUGCUUUAUCACGAAAGAAGAUGCCAUUGCGAGAUACAAAUUAUGCGACGAGCCGGCUACGAAAAUAACCACGGGGCGCUUCGCUCUAAGGAAUAAACUCGACCUCGCCAUCCUGACCCACUCGAAUCCAUGCAAAGCGGUUCUUCUAUACCACUCAUAUGUCUCAUCCCAAAUCAAGCCUUCCGUUGAGGAUGGCUCAGAGCUGAUUUUCAAUAUACCUCGCGUCGCAAGAACAAUUUGCGAGACGGACGUCUUAGACGUCGCGGGGUACACCAUUUCUCUUGUGAUUCUCCCUCCGAAUGCUUCGUUUGACGUUGCACCGGAUGGGAGCGAGGCUGUUAAGGUCUUGCAUGGCUUACUCGGCUGGAUCGAUGCCCAAUCUGAGGUCAUCGAACGGACACGUGUGGCUUGUCUGCCUGGCUGCGUGACACCGAUGCUCGUGGACUCUCCCGAGGGACACGUCCGCAGCGGGGAUGAUGGAGCCGUGUUUGUUCGCAUGAGGCCGAGCAGUAGCAGUGUCAUUGAUGCUGCUGUUGGUUCUUCUAAUGAUUUGAGGGCGGUUAAUAAGAUACCGUCUUAUUUUCCUUGCAAUGUUUGUGCUUUUGAGUUUAUUUGGCGGGCGGAGCAGCAGGGUCAGAGUAUCAGGACAACGGACAAUACAACCCCAAGAGAAAGUUCGGGUAAUCUAUUCUUUCCUACCAAAUCUUUACACAACAGGUACACACCUUCUGACUCUGCUAUAGUCCUGCAUCUCCCGGGAUUUCACGUCCGCUUCAGCAGUAACCCACCCUCCAACUCAGAAAUAAACGAAGACGCGCAUAUAGCCUACGUGCAUUUCUGGGCAUCCGCACCAGGAACUUCAACUCCGUUCACCAACUCCGUCACCUCAUCUAUCACCACCCCCACGAUAGACGCCGAACAAAAUCCAUUUCAACGCUCUAACAACAUCUGUAGCAUCCGCGCAUGCCUAUCAAACCCAAGCGGCGAAGGUGGACUUGUAUAUUGUCAAGACUCACUCGACUGGGGUUCCACUCCACCGAACUCUUUCCAAAUUGCACGCGCGACGAAGUUGGUGCUUCCUAUUAUGUAUGAGCAUGGUACGAUUUGGAGGUCGAUGAACACAACGAGAGGUAUUGGGGAAGAGGAUGGAGAGAAUGUGGAAGAUGUGAUAGUCGUGGAGUACCCGUGGCAUUCGUGGGUCGCGGGAGGGCGUGCUGGACAGAAGCAUGCUAUGAAGUGGAAUGUUUGGGCUGCGUUUGAUUUUCCGGCUUUUGAUCAGGUGGAUAUCCCACAGAGGGAUGAACAUGGGUGCAUUAUUUGCUAG